AUUGUCAUUGUGCUUGAUAGAUCAAAAAAAUGCCGUCCUCCGUGCCGAUGAAGAUCGCAAAGAUGAAGCAGGUCGGCAAGAAAGCCGUCGCCAAGCAGAAGCCCGGGACUCCGAAAUCGAAGGCGGCUGCAAAGGCCACCCCAAAAAAGGUGGUUCGAAAAACGACCAGCAAAAAUACAACAAAGGACUCGAAGGCGCAUAAUCCUGCCAAGCACAAGAAGAUCAAUAGAGCAGCCCUCAAGUGGUCGCCUGCGUCGUCAGUUAUGAUUUGGAACCUGUAGCACACUAUCCAAGUUAUAUUGUAUAACACCGUCAUAGUACUGCGCCCAACAGCUUCUGUGUGUUCUUAGUGGUUAUCGGAUGUUUUCGCUGAUGCGUAUAAAAUAUAUUUUGAUACUGAUUGUCCGAUAAUUACAGCUCCUUAGCCUCACCACAGGAGAAGGAGCUGCGACAUAUUUGUCGUAUUAUAUGGAAGUCAGUGUUGAACAAGGGCAAUAAUUCUUUGCCUAGAGCACCCCCUUUCUGGUUGUAAAAAGACCACUUCGCUCUAAAGCCAACAAAAAGCCGGCGCGCGAGGCCUCCUCGUCGGCAAGCCAAGCACUUGAAACGAAAAGAAAACCGAAUUUGGAGCCUGAAGAACAAGCAGAAGAUGACGAAGAUAAGCCGGAAGGACGUGAAGAAAGCGAUCUACUGCCACGGAUGAAGCGAAAGUAUGUGAAGCGCGUGAAGUAUAGCAAAAAGCCCCUGAAUGAG